AUGCCCGCCAACCGCUACACAAGUACGAGUCCGGCUCUUCGGAAUAACCUGCCGCGCGGGAAGGCGUGUAUGUCGUGUCGACGACGCAAGAUCAAAUGUGAUGGGCGCAAACCCGCCUGUGGCCAAUGCCGCCGCUCGCCAGGCACGUCUGAGGAUUGCGAGUACCCCAUCGAGGGGCGAAGUCGGACGCAACAGCUUGAGGAGACGAUCAAGAAGCUACAUUCAAGGAUUGGGGAACUGGAAGCCGCCGCGGAGGGUGGUAUGUACUUGCACGAGCCGUAUGACAACGUUGUCGAGAAGGAGCCAGUGGUCAGGUUGAGGUUGGACGAUGCGUUGGGGAGCCCGCCGAAGUACCUCGACUCUUGGUCGGCGUCCCCUAGGUCCACUUCUCCAACAAGUCGGAUAGAUAGCCCAAUAUCGCUGUCGAGCUCGUCAAGAACGAAGUUAGAUGAACCCUCACAUGAGGUUGCGACUUCGCUCAUUGAUACUUUCCUCUCCGCGUUUUCGCAGGCCGGCUUUGGCUUCUUCCUCUCACCUGCAUCCUUCCGACGCUGUGCAUUACAGCUUAUCCAAGGGCCCAUUCGCCCAUCGCCUGCGCUACUAAACGCCGUAUUCAUGUGGGGCGAGCAUCUCACCUCUGCUGGCGAUGAAGAGACCUUUCUUUCGCGGGCACUCCAUCACAUUCACACCGAUAUCAGCCGCAGUCAGGGCAGCGCCUCUUCCCGGGUGCUGCUCGAUUCGAUUCAGGCGGAGGUACUACUCGCACUGUACUACCUAACACUCGGUCGGCCCGUCGAAGGGACAUAUCACUCGAGUGCAGCAGUCUCCCUGGCUCUGAGCGCCGGUCUGCAUCGGCUCGGCUCAAGCUCGAAUCUCGCCACAAUAUCACCGUUGCCAUUCGAUCUCACACAUCCCGUAUCGUCCCCGUUCCCCGAUCCAGACCUACCUUCGGAGAGCGAACGCAUUGCGGCUUUUUGGACCGUGCUCAUCGUCUCCAACCACUGGUCCGUGGCACAUAGCCCUGCUGCAGGCGCAUCCGCCCUGUCUUCUGCCGAAGUCAACACACCUUGGCCACGCGACGAACACCAUUUUACGCGCAGGCCGUCAGCCGAUGACUGGCUAUAUUCGCCGACGAAUGGAUUCAGCGACUACGACAAUAUCCCGUCGCUGCCGCUCCCAGCGUACAGUAGCAACAACAACCUACACGAGCCGUCUUCUAUGGUCGAAUACCCGGCACCGCAAUAUCAGCCCCAGCCUCACAGUCCGGCGUCCACUCGCUCGCCGAUAUCACGCUUCCUCGACGGAGAACUCGAUCCGCCGCAGCCACAUUCCCUGGCGCAGGUGGCCCAGGCAUCCAUCUUAUUGGAAAAAGCUGUAUCCAUCUCCGCGCGAUAUAUCGGCUUCCCGCAAGACGACCACGCUGCCAGCGCGUUCGUAUUUUUGGACCAGUUAAUUGACCGCUUCGGUACUAGUAUGCCGCCCAAGGACAAUAACAACCUUACGCAGCUUCUGGUUCGCGGCGCGAUCAUUCGAUUGCAUCAUCCGCAAGCGGCGGCCUCCGAUAGCUCGCGCCGGAAAGCGCUCGAUGCUGCACUAGGCACGGUUGGUAUUUCUCACCAGUUGCGUGCCGACCGGGACGAUGCAGGCAUUGCGGCGCUUCCGUUCCUCGGUGUCUUGUGGAGCGCCGCGGCCGAAGUUCUACUGGGAGAGUUCGCACUAGCUUUGCGCUUCGGUGCGGGUGGGAGCGCUGAUGACCUACUUGGCGCGCUUGAGACGCUUCUAAACGUCAUGCGUGCCUCGGCCCUGCGCUGUCCUCUCCUUGACUACUUCACCAACCGCGUACAGCAGCAAUACGAAAAUCUCGCCUCGUUAUAA